AUGUGCAUUUGCACUUGUUUUACUGAGGUGCUUCGCAACGAAAGGCUUCUCAAGGAGGCAGUGGCAGUGCAAAAAGUGAAGAAAAAAGGAUGGCAGCGUAAGUGGCCCAUUGAAGACUCAUUAAUUGGACAGUUUUGUGCUAUUUUCUUAGGCGAUUCCACUUCACAGUACAGUUUAACUGGACAACGAAUUCCACCACCUAAAAAUCUCUUGUCGCUUUAUUUCGUAGCAGUGGUCUCCUUUUGCAUUUUUGCCACCGCUUUUCCAAUUUUUUUCAGUGAAAUAAAAAUGAUUAUAACAAGCGAUUGGCUUGAAAACGAAUUGGCUGAUUUUAUGUAUACUUUUAAAGACAAUUGUAGUGGUGAUUUUAUUAUCAAAGUAAAUGAAUUUUUAAAAAUGUAUAAUAUGAACCGUGAUGAUUUGGUUAGUGAUUUAAUUGCUUUUGCAACGAAUCAGAAUCGAACUGAAAUCGAUUUGCAUUUACUCGAAUUAUAUGAAAAUUUGGUUUUAGUGAAAAAAAUCAAUGAAUCGAUUAAGGAAUCAGCCAAGUCGAAUUCUUCUGUAUGUAAAAGGUCAUGAAAUAUAUUUGCUGAAAAUGUUUGUAAUAGUUCCUUUGCUGAGAAUGUGGAAUCAUCUCUUCAUGAUUCCUCUUGCAUUAAUAUUUCAGUGGAUAGUGCAACAGUUCUUCAUCCAAAGUAUGCACUGUUCACUCCUAUAAAAAAUGCUUCAUCGAAUAUUGCUUAUCAAGAACGUACUGGUUCUGGUAAAGCUUUAAUUAAUUAUAUUGGAACAUCAGUUAUAAAGUCGAAAUCGGUAGUAAAUCAUGGGAAAGCUUCUGUCGAAAAUCUUCUUUCAUGUACAGUUUUGAAUGAAUUGAAAUAUUAUGGCAAUAUAAAAGAAGUUGAACAAAUCGAUGAGAUUUUUUCGCUCAUCGAGCUUUUGAAAGAUGCAAUUUUGGCGAACUGUGAUGAAUGCGUGCAUUUCGAGAAUUGUGAUCACAUUUCAUCGGAUGAAUUUGCAAUUUAUGGUCAAAUUAUUGAAGAAACUGGUGAGCAAUUAGAUUUCACAAAUUGUUUUCUGCAGGGUAAUGAUGAAAAAGGGAUUCCAGUACGGCUUAAUUUGGAGAAAUUGUCGGAUUUCUCUUUAUUUCCCGGAAAAAUUGUAGCCUUUCGUGGAUUUAAUGAAAAUGGUUCUUGUUUUACACCAACAUUACUAUAUGAACCAAAAUUGCCAAAGAUGGCCAAAAUUACACGAGUUCAACAAAGUAAAUUUGAAAUUUGGUGUGCUGCUGGUCCUUUCACUUCUCCGCACACUUUUUCUUUUGAACAACUUUAUGAUUUGCUGGAGCUUGCUAAAACUGAAUUACCUGAUGUGCUUAUAUUGGUUAAUACGUCCCAAUGUUUAAAGGUUGGUCCAUUUAUCGAUCGCACUAGUGUGGCAUCAGAUUCACCUGAUUUAAAUAUAAGUUUUGAAGAAUUUUUCGAAUGUCUUUUGAUAAAUAUUGGAGAUAUGCUGAGCAGGCAAGUAAAUUUGAUUUUUAUUGUUAAUUUUCGGACAAAUAUUCAAGUUGUUUUGGUGCCAAAUUGUAGAUUGGAUGCCACAGCAUUUCCAGUUUUUCCCACAGCUCCGUUUAUGGUCAGUCAAGAUUGUCAUAAACUUUUAAAUAAGAAUAUUAUAUUUGCCACAGAUCCAUGCAUGAUUCGUAUUUGUGGUGUAGUGUUUGUAGCCACUGGCAUGGAUAUUUUAAGGCAUUUAAGCCGUGAGGAAAUUCAUCGUUCAGAUGGUGGUGACCGAAUGGCUCGUCUGAUUGAUCAUUUAAUUAGGCAGCGCUCGGUCUAUCCUUUGUAUCCAUCUUCACAUGAAGUUCCCCAAAUGCAUGCUCGUUUAAUAAAAUGGUUCACCUUUAAGGAAAUCCCUCAUGUAUUAAUCCUUCCAUCGGCUUUGGCUCCAUUGGUCAAGGUUGUCAAUGAAUGCAUUUGCGUAAACCCAAGCUUUCUUGCCAAGGGAAAUGGAGGCUCGUUUAUGAAAAUGUUUGUAGACAUUUCUCAAGUGAAUCAUUCGAAUCCAGCUUCCAUUAUUGACUUUUGUAAUGUGAAAGUCGUUAGAAUUUAA